CCAUGGGGCCGCGGGAGCCGCGCCGCCGGCUGGAGGCGGUGCUCGGCGCUCUCUACGACCUGGGUGAGGAGCCCGGCGGCGCUCGGGGCGCCGCGGAGGACGGCGAGGCGAGAGCAGUGCCGCCGUCGGCGGAGAAAGAAGAGGACCAGGAGGAGGAGGAGAGACGGGGGCCGCAGCCGGCGGCGGGCGGGCGGCGCGGGGCCCGCGGCUUCUUCGGGGAAUUGCGGGCCGAGCUGAGCGCCGCCGGCGCUGCCCCGCCGCCCCCCGCCGCCCCGCCCGCCGUGGAGGUCGUGGUGUUCCGCGGGAGGAAGAGGAAGGAGCCGCACGGCCCCUCGGCAGCGCCCGCCGGCGGAGCGCAGACCCAAAUAGGGAAUGAGGAGAAAAAUGCAGUCAGACAAGAAUUUAACUUUGAAAAGGCUCGCCUGGAAGUGCACAAGUUUGGAAUCACUGGCUACAAGAAGCAAGAGCAACGUGCUUGGGAACAGGAGCGUGCUAUCAUGCUGGGAGCCAAGCCCCCCAAAAAGACACAUGUGAACUACAGGACUUACCAAGAGAAACUGAAAGAGAAAAAAGCAGCGAAGGAUGCUGAUAAGGAAAAGGAACAAAAAGGUGAUUCUCUAAAGAAGAAGAAGAAGCAGAAAGAGCAGAAGGAGAGGAAGACCAAAAGGAAGAAAUCAGUGCCUAGCAUUUGGCCUGCAGGACAAGUUGGAAAAUUCAGAAACGGGACCUUGAUUCUGCAAAGCCGUGACAUAAAGAAAAUCAAAUCAUCUAAAGUUAGCAAAUGAACUGCAUGAUACAGAGUGAAAUGGACAAUGUGCAUAAGAGGAAUUCACACUGCUACCAACACAGACUUCUGGGGCCUUUUGCCUAUCUACCACAUCCUAUUUUUUUAAUCUUAUCUGUUAUCGCAGGAUUUUUCGGUACUAUUCUGCUUUGAGUUGUAUAUUAGAUUUUACCAUUUUAUAAAUAAAAAAUUAUAGUUCUUACUAAGAAAGU